AGGGAGUGAAUGGGCAAGCAGUUUUGGUUCGUGUUUAUAUUAAUACUCUGGGAAAGUCUCGUCGGCUCCUGCUUCCCCUAUAAGUAUAUAUAUACACCCGGCAUUUCCAACUGCUUGUGGUAGGAACUCGCGACUUGAGAAACCCCCCCCGAAGUAUCAGUAUCAGUCGAACCACGGAAGGCAUCAUACCAUCUGUCUGGAAGAAAGAAAGUAACGAUUAUCACGACCUAGAUCUUGUAUUCUCUUGUACAAAUUAUAUUAUACACGUCUCUAUCCCCAUAGCGGCUGUACGACGUUGUACAACAACAACAACUGUAUCAUCAUGUCUAACAAACCCAUCUUCGUGGCAACUCACCCGCGCGCAUGCUCAACGGCCUUCGAACGGGUGUUCAUGACCAGGAAAGAUCUCCAAUGCAUCCAUGAACCCUUUGGGGACGCCUUUUACUUUGGGCCCGAGAGGCUCUCUAGCCGCUAUGAGGCGGAUGUGAAGGCCAGGGACGACUCCGGAUUCUCUGACUCCACCUUUGCAUCUGUUUUUGAGCAAAUCGAGAAGAAAACCGAAGAGGGAAAACGCGUUUUCAUCAAGGAUAUCACCCACUACCUUGCUCCGCCGCAUCGCAACCCCGCAUCUAUUGCCCCUUCGUUAGGCGGCGCGCCCAAGCGUGGUGUUGGCACAAAUGGUGCUGCUACUAACGGCGUUACCAAUGGCGUUGCCACCACCAACGGCAAUGGUACUAACGGCCAUACCACCAGUGGCCAUGUAACCAACGGCAAUGUUACCAACGGCAAUACCACCUCGUCUGCCCCAUACCCCUACAACACCGAGGCUGAGCCUGGAAACCCAACCAUGGUCCCCGAGGAGAUCUUGAAGAAGUUUCACUUCACGUUCCUGAUCCGCCACCCCCGCAGCAGCAUCCCAUCCUACUACCGCUGCACCAUCCCGCCUCUCAACAAGGUGACCGGAUUCUACAACUUCGAUCCCAGCGAAGCCGGCUACGAUGAGCUCCGCCGCGUGUUUGACUUCCUCAAGUCAAAGGGACAUGUUGGCCCGGCAAUUGCUGGUGAGCAUGAUGGGGAGCUGCAGAAUGGAGAGGUGAGCAUUACGAUGAUUGAUGCGGAUGAUUUGUUGGACAACCCGAACGGCAUCAUUGAGGCGUACUGCAAGGAGGUUGGGAUAGACUAUGAUCCAGGGAUGCUGAACUGGGAUACUGAGGAGGAUCACGCCCAGGCUAAGAGGGCGUUUGAGAAGUGGAGAGGCUUCCACAAUGAUGCGAUUGAGAGUUCGAGCUUGAAGCCCAGGAAGUCGAAACACGCAAAGAAAACGAAGACCGUCGAGGAAGAAAAUGAAUGCUGGAAGGAGACGUAUGGUGCGGAAGGGGCUAAGAUAAUUCGGGACUGCGUCGAUGCGAAUAUUCCCGACUACGAGUAUUUGAAGUCGUUUGCGCUCAAGGUGCCAUUCAAGUCUCCUGGCGAGGCUUAGAGAUUUGAACGCUUUCGGCCUGAACACCUCGGCUUGGACGAAAGGUCUCUCUCUGAUAGGCAGAUAGCUUUCUAUUAGUAAACGCUUCUGUAUGUGAUGACUGAAGUGAUCUGCUUUUUACUUUUUGUGGGAAGCAGAAUUUUGUUUCUUGAAUGUAACUUAAGUUAAGUGUUUUUAUUUUUGUUUCGUGGAUAGCCUGCUUAUAUCACAUUGCUAGGGAAGAUUCAAUACUAUCGGAAGCUGCGAUUGCUGCUUUGCUUGGUAAUCGUUCUUUCCAUAUCUACAACCUGAAUAUUACGAGGAAGCUGCGAUUGAGGCAUGCUUGAUAAUCAUUCCUUCCAUAUUGAGGAAACUAGACUGAGGCUUGCUUGGUAAUCGUUCUUUCCAUAUCUAUAACCUGAAGAGUUAUGGGGGAGCUGCGAUGAGGCUUUGCUUGGUAAUCGUUCCUUC